ACACAAGUCUUGACUGUUUGAAUUCACGAGUGAAGUCAGCCAGCGAUUUUGAGCAGGUAUCUGCGUUUGCUCUCGUCCAUUGAAAGUGUCUCAGUGCAACUUUGGUGCAAAAUGCAAUCUUCGCUAUCAGUGCAACUUUACAAGGAUUAAAAUGACAUUUGGAUAGAGGAUCUUCAUGUGUCAAUUUGUGAAAGAACUCGAAAAUGGCUGAUGACAAAGGCAAAACGUUUGGAGGGAUUCGAUCCGAGCUGCGGCGGGAAAAUUUGGCUCCGGUUCGCGCUACCGAAAAUGCUCUGGCACUCAGAGACUCCAGCCUUAAGAAAAAUACGGCGUUUGUACGAAAAAUUAAAACCUUCAGCGAAGCUCAACAAUUAUCGGUUCUCAAUGACAUUCGAUCACUUAAUCUGUCAAAGUACAUCUCGGAAAUUUGCCAAGCGAUUGUGGAGUCAAAGUUUAAGCUCAGCGAUAUCACUUCGCUUGUACAGGUGUGCUCUCGACUUCAUGUAGAGUACGCCGAUUUUGCCAGUUCGUUACUUGACUGCAUACAGAAAUCGGUGUCGUCUCAAGCAGUAAACCCUGCCAAAGCUCGAGUGGAUCUCCGACUUAGUGCCGAACUCCUCCUCGCCGGAGUGUUCCCGUUAAAAGAAGGAUUUCAACUACUCAAGCAUUUUUUACAAGAAAUGUGUAAUCAAAGCCAGCAGUCAUUAAGUGCAGUGAUCUCAUUGUGUAAGAGCUGCGGAGAGGACCUUCUCGCGCUUAGUCCUGGGGCACCGAAUGAUAUUUAUGUGCCUCUCGACAAGCAAAAGUUACUUCAGAUGAUGGUGCGUGAAUAUUUUAAGUCGAUUUGUCGAUAUGCAACUCGCGAACAUGGCGAGCUGUGUAAAAUGCAGAAGAAACAUAAACACACAGUACAAUCAAAAGGGGUUGCGCCGCAGGAGAUGACGGAAAAAUUGGAGAAUGCUCAGAUGACAUUUGUCAAAUUGACGAGUUCACUUGAGCAGCUGGCAGGAUUGCUAGGAGAAAGCGCACCACAGUUCAGCGAACCGGAAGAACCACCCGAGGGCGAGGGAAUCGUGCAGGGAGUGUUAAUAGAGACGGAGUUGUCGGAAGAAUCCUUAUGGGAAGAUUCGGACACGCAGGCAUUCUACGAACAUCUUCCAGAUUUAAAAGCCAUUAUGCCCGCAAUUUUGAAGGACAAUACUAAGGACGACAAGGUUAGACAAAGACUCGACAAAGACAGGGAUCGGGAAAACUAUGACGAACUCGGUCGAGACGAAGAGAAAUCGGUAUCGCCGUCACCCGAAGGCGCCGGAGGUGAGGCCGAAGCUGAGGAGGAUCUGGCCGAAAAAGCGGAAAAAGAGAUGCGAAAGGUUGAAACGAAGCCGCAGUUGGACUUAUUCCUCAAACAGCUGCCUCAGUGUCUUAAUCGAGACACCAUCGACCAGAUGGCGGAACAGUUCUGCUUCAACCUUAACACCCGGCCAAAUCGGUAUAAAUUGACGCGAGCGCUUUUCCUCGUGCCUCGAACCCGUCUCGACCUGCUUCCGCUGUAUUCGCGACUCGUAGCUAUCCUUAAACCAGUCGCUGUUGAUCUCGGAGAGGAGCUGUGCGCGUUGCUGCUCAAGGACUUCUCGUAUCAGCUUCGCAAGAAGGACCAGAUGAAUAUAGAAACCAAGGUUAAAACUGUUCGCUUUUUAGCGGAGCUGACGAAAUUCCGAGUUCUUCCAAUGAGCGAGACACUGCGUUGUUUGAAAAAGCUCCUUGGAGACUUUUCUCACCAUGCGAUUGAUAUGAGCUGCCAUUUAGUUGAGUGCUGUGGACGAUUCUUGUUCCUUCAUCGUAAGUUAACGAUAUUCCUGCUACCGGCUCAGAGAUUCUUCAAUUUAUUUAUUACGAUCCAUUUAAAAAAAAACUUAUUUUCGGCUAAACCGUAUUCUAGGUAUAUUUUUCGUAGGUAUAUUAUUAUAUUAUAGGUAGGAAUGUUUGGAAACCUACGUGACCCUAUAGAAAACCGACUGAAUUUAAACAGUCAGGGUGAAAAGCUUCUACGGAGUAUUUUUCUUUUUUUUUUCUGAAAAUACCUUUCUAGAAAGUACCGUAUAUUUCUAAAAUGAAAAAAAGCAAGGUUCGUAGAUUUUUAAAAGUGGUCAAAGCUUAAAAUUCCGUCAGUCCUUUAAAACUUACUUUGGCAUCCAAUAAGUUGAACCUUCAUGGUUGUCUAUAUUUUUUGUUGUUUCUGAAAAUAUGUGGUGCAGUCUAAACGAAUGUAAAUAAAUAAAAUAUAUUUCACAUAAGAUUCCUUUUGGAGACGCCGCACCUCU